AUGGGCUUUGAAUCCUUGACAGGACUUCAAUUGCUGGCUCUCUUUACUCCUCACUUUAUUCUCCAGCUGAGUGGUUUGGUGUUUGGCAUUCCUCGGAAGCGCCACCCGGAUGGAAACAGAAUCUGGCCACAGUAUCGAUACGAAGCUCUAGUUCGCUGCCUCGCUCUCAUGGCCAUUGCAUGGCAUCGAAAGAACCUUAACAACAAGAAGAAAAAUGAGUUUUCAGUCAUUCCUUCUGCUCUGAUACUAUACCGGUACGCCACUAUGACAUCUGCAGAUGCCGUGACCAACUGGUACCAGAAGAAAGGAGAGAACAGUAGAACGAUUCGAGAUUUGAAGGGACCACCAGGGGCGCUGUACUUGAUGUCGAGCGCUCAAUUCCAUGCCAAAGUGCACUGUCUCCUCACGGCAGACAGGCUCUGCGUACAGCUCGCUGCAUUGACAGUUGUCCAAACGACGGCCUUUAGCUCGACUUUACGUCGCAAGGCAAUCAUCAGCCAAGCGUUUGGAUUGGUGGUGUAUGGUAUGGUUCUGAUUAUGGGCAUGGCUGUGAUCCUGACGGACCUCCUGGAUCGACAAAUCUUUGGUACGGCAGUCACAGUGGCAAACUUGGCGGCUCUGGUGCGGUUCGAAUGUCGCAUCAACAGGUAUGUGUUGUGGGGUAUCAUUGCGCUCGUGUUGGGCACAGAUGAAUCUACAAGGAUUAUGGAAGGCAACCCAGUGCUGCCCUUGGGAAGCAGUCUAUUACUUCUGGGUGGAGCGUUAAAGCGUCAGAUGGAGCACACUUCCAUAAAGGAAGGUAAAAGACUAGUGUGA